GUGGCCACGGUCUACAACACAGAUUAUAAAUUUUUACGAAAGUACAAAAUAUGUCAAGCUCAAGUGUUUAACUUGUUUCCUGAUCUUUAUUUAGAAAAUUAGGCAUUAACAGUUAGCACUGGGUAUUUAUUAUUAUUUAUCAACCAGUUGCGACUAUCUAUCUAUUUCUACUUUGGCGGAACCCCGCGAAUAAGUUAUUCGGGAGUGUUUGUGUCGCUCGCGUUCGUUCGGCUGUCGGGAUUCGCGUGCACACAUCCCGAUAACUCGCCGUUAAACCAUGUCAGCAAUAAAGAAGAACCUUGAUGUAUACCUAAAUGAGAUAUUCAAGCAAUUUGUGGCACUGAAAGAUGAUGAUUAUAAAAGAUCACAGGAGGUUUUUAAAAGUGUGUUUGAACAAUUCAAACAGAAGAUGGGUGAACAGUGCAACUACUUUAGAACAUAUGCAUCACAGGUACUAUAUGUAGGCAGUGUGUCUGACGGUAUCAAGGUGAGCAAACUAGAUGAGUUUGAUAUGGACAUAGUUGUCCGCCUUCCUGUCAACUAUCAAGAUGACGGAGAGAAUGGCAUCAUAAUAGAGAGUGACCAGCCGGGAUUCGUUAAACUCAAGAUCAUCAAGGCUUUUGACCACUUGGAUAAACAAAAGGAAUGGGAAAACCGCCACAAAGUGACGAGGGAAUGGCGCGAUCAAGACAAGUACUUUCUACAGAACAAGUUCCGACAGUGGCUGCACAGUAUCGUUCAGAAGACACUCAACGAGCUCAAUGAAAAAGUGACCGUCAACGGAGUGACUUAUCUGAUGAAGUACAAAAUGUCUGGCCCAGCUUAUACAUUGAACAUUCGUAAUGUCGAUGGAGAGGAGCAUUUCUUGCUUGAUGUGGACCUCGUGCCUGUUAUACGGUUUCUAUUGCCACGGUGGCCUGAAGGAUACAGAAUGAUUGAGAACAGUCAGAUCAAGGAAUGGCUGGUGGUGCCGAAGCCCAACAAAGCUGUUGCUGAUGAGGCCCACAAGAAUAGACUGUGGAGGCUCUCCUUCCACGACUACGAGCGGGAUAUGAUCAAGGGUUGUGCACAACUCAAGACCACCAUACGAUUGGUAAAGAAGUUACGUGAUGCAUGCAGCAUGAAGGACAUCGCUAGCUACUACAUAAAAACACUGUUCCUAUGGAAAGUGCAAAAGACCAACGACAAAAAGUACUGGCAGAAGAAGCUGAGCGUUAUCUUCCGGGAAAUGGUCGAAGAGUUAUACAAUGCUAUAAAAGAUAAAAACAUACCGUACUUUUGGAAUGAAAACAAUAAUCUCAUAGAAGGGGUGAAACCAACCAUUUUGAACAAUUAUGCGGAUAAGCUGAAGCAAGUUUUAGAUAGUAUUGAUGCUAACGACGUUGAAAAAGUUGUAUACGCAUUGUUGAAUACAGAAGAAAUAAAGCAAUUUAAAGAUUCUGAAUUCUAUAAGAAACAGGCUACUUCAGAUAAUGUUACAACGAAUAAUAUUGUUCGAUCUAUUUCAAUUGCAAGUUCGAGUUCAAAUGAAGUCGACAUCUCAAAACCUAAUAAAAAUUACGACAAUGACAGUCUCAUUGAAAUUGUUAAAAGCCUGGUCUUUAAAGUUGACCAGUUGAAAGUUCAAAUGGAACAGCAAAAUGAGAAAAUAUUAAAAUUAGAGAGAGAAUUGAAGGAAGUUAGAAAUAAAACCAAUAAUCAAGAUUCUACACAGUCAAAGGAAUGUGAAACGGAAUGCAAUCAAGAGAAAUCAAUAUCGGGAAUGUCUCAACAGACAGAUAGUGAAGUGAUUGAUUUAUUGUGUUUUUGAAUUGAAUAUUAUUAUAAAGUCAUUGACAACAUUCCACAAACACGCGCGACGCGUGUUAGGUCAAAUUAAAUUUUAAAAAGGCUUACAACUUGAAACUACUGGACUAAUUUUAAAGGUAUUUGAUUAUUUAAGUAAUUAUGACAUUUUAGUUUGCAAUAAUAAUAUUACAUGUAAAGCAGGCCAGCAGAAUAAGCACUAUCUGCACGGUUGCUAUUAUCGCAUGGACUGACUAUAAUAUGGUCUGACAACAAAAAUGACACUGGAACCAUAUUCAUAGUAAUAAUAUCUUUAUUUAAUCAAAAAUGUAAACAUUUCAUAAUUGUGAAAUGUAUGAAAUGUGAAUUCUUCUGCGAUAGUUUAAACUGCAAUAUUUCUUUUAUCUUUUUAUAUAUAUCAAACACUCAAAAUUGGCUAGAGAGAUUUAAAUACUUUUGUUUUAUUGACCUUGAUACAGAAAAAUAGAAAAUAAUCUUUCGUGUGUUGGAAUUACCACUUAGAUUGCAUUCAUUAAAUGACAUUUUUAGGUGGUACAAAUACGCAGGAGCAUCUAGUAUCUAAUAAAUAAAAUAAAAUAAGUGGCCAUAUGUUCAAAAUGAUUAAAAAGUUAAUAUCAAUCAUUAUUUUAUUAAAUAUAAAUAUUUAGAAAAGUGUUAAUGAAAUUCACAUUACGGGAUUGGAUAUAAUACUUACUACUCAACAAUUAAUAUGACAAUCUAUCUUGAACUGUCUAUGAGAAUGGGAAUAAAUGUGGGGAUGCUGUGCUGUACAGCGUCCCCAGUAUAUAUAUGUAGGUAUAUAGGUAGGUACUUGACAAUAUAAAAUGCUACAUAAAAUGAAUUUAUUCCAUAAAGAAUUAAUUCCUCGUAGUGUUUCGGUAUUUAAAUUAAUAAAAAUCUAGAUCUUAUUAGCUUUGGAAAACUAAUUCUUAGUCAAUUUUACUAUGCAUCCAAGGGGUAGACAAAACUCUCCGAUUGAAUUACAUUGACAGUCAAGACACAGUAAAAUCAACAAACUAACUUGUUCUUACUCAACCGACUCAGGAUGGCUAAUAAUUCAUAUCUUCUCUGUAAAAUUUGGAUUGAUCCUCAUUUUUUUUUUUUUUAAUUUAUGUUUACCCUCUAGUUCAGUGGUUCUCAACCUUAACAACUUAGCUUGUUGAAAUAGAUACCUAUCUAACCUACUGGUAAAAAAAAAAUGUACGAAUAGUUUCACAAAGAUUUAAGAAAAAUUAACUACCCCAUCGCAUCAAUGUGAUGGUUGAGUUUAGUGAGCUCCACACAAUUUUUGAGAGCCCAGGUUGUGAAGCCUUACUCUGGUUGCAUUUAAUUUAUAUGGGGGAUCAGAAUAUCUUCAUUUCAGUAUUGUACCUAUUGCAGUAGUUACGCGAGCUAGUAGACGUCGUGUUCUAUGGAUCAUAUAAGAAAAAAGCAGCCUAAACUGUCUGACACUUCUAACACCCAUUGAAAAUCACUAACUAGUAGUUUUAACUAAAAUGUAUAGAGAUGUAAAAUAUCAAGGCCAUGCAAUGCCGAGGUGCCCAAGACACUGGCUUUAUUGCCUCUUUGUAAAAAAAAGGUCUGUCCUUUGGGCUAAAUAAGCACCGGCUCUCGGGUAAAGUAUGGAAAAAAAAUCGUAUGAUUAAUUAAUAUCUAAGUUUAACCUACCUAAUGAAUUAAAUUUAUUUUAUCUUUGGUUGAUAAUUUGUAGGUUUUCCUUGUAAGAGCGUGGUCCUUUAUACAGCUCUUAAAACUUUCCUACUGCCAAGAUACCGUACUAAAACUAAUAUUAAAAAUAACCUAUAUCUUUAUUAAUCUAAAUCUAAUAUCAUUAUUUACUUAACAAUUAUUCAUUUUAAAGUCAACAUCUGAGGGGGUGCUC